AUGUUUGUAUAUUCUGAGAACGCCAUGGAUCCUCGUACUGCAAAUACAAAUGCAGGACAUAGUGUAUCAUACAAACAAUUAAAUAUAGAGAAACUUGAACCUGAGUAUCACUUUAGGAAAAAUUACUAUCUUAAAAGAACUAAAGAUAUUGAGAGCAAGGAUCACCUGUUAGAACAUCUAUUGGGAAGGAAAGUGAACUGCUCAACAUUUCAACGUCAAGUACUCAUCGAUUUAGGCGCCAAGACGUUCGAAUCAAGCGUUGGAUGGUUCAUUGAAAACUACCCAUGUAAUUUCGAGGAAAUCCACGCUUUUGAAGUCGAAAGAAACGUGUUUCGCAUACCAGAAAACGAAAAGGGCAGAGUCAGACUAUACGAAUCAUUUGUUGGGGUAGAAUCUUCAAACACAAAAACAGAUAUUGCUGAUUUUAUUGUAAACAAAUUAGGAAUUAAAACAGACGAUUUCUUGGUCAUCAAAAUGGAUAUUGAAGGUACGGAAUACAAGGUUCUCGACUAUUUGAAGAAAAGAGGAACAUGGCCGCUGAUAGAUGAAUUAUUUGUUGAAAUUCACUACAAACAUCCAUACAUGAGACCGUGGGGCUGGGAUAUGUUUGAAGAAUAUACUUUAGAAGACGCCACAAAUUUUUUUGUUGAACUCAGAAACCAUAGCAUAUAUGCUCAUCCAUGGCCAUAAAGUAUAAUUAUCAUAUAUGUCUGUCGACAUGUAUCAUAAAGAGAAACAAAGGAAAUAAAAGAAAUGUUAAAGAAUCGCAAAAAUGAAACUAGGGCCUAAUAUCAAGGGGCCUAUGUUACACGACAGUCCGAUUAAAUGUAGUCCCCGAAUAAAGCUCGGACUAUUAUUGACAUCAAGGUGUCGCAACAAAUAAUCAGGGUGAAAUCAUUGCUAUUUCAUCGACAUUGACUUCUAUUCUCAAGGUUUAAAAUUCUAGAUUGGGUUCGUUGUAUAUGUACGUAUUGUACA